GCUUUUUCAACUGAGCCACUACUAAUAUUUUUUAGGACACGAACUGACAGGGAAAUUAGGAAAACGAACGCUUUAGCUAACUUUAUUUUGAAGGGGAGUACCGGAASUGACUCUGGCUCUGUCUUGUGGAGUCGAGUCAGUCAGCGGGUCAGUCUCUCCGUACAUCUGGAGACAGUCGAGCACCAGCAUGAGGAAUGUGAGAGGCGCGAGYCUCUGAAACACCGUCAACAUGGAGGACGACCUGGUGUCGGAAGAUGAUAUCUUGCUGUGGUCCGAGAAGGAGCUCCACGAUGCCGCGAAGAGGAACGACACCGAGAGACUCGUGGAGCUGAUGAAGAGGGGCGUGAGCUUCAAAGCCAAAAACAAAACAGGCCGGAAAGCACUGCACUGGGCAGCAGGAGCUGGGAAUGAACAGGCUCUGCGUCUCCUACUGGUCCACGACCGAGAGGUUGAUGAGAAGGAUGCUUUUGGCAUGAAUGCGCUGCUUUUGGCCUCCUGGUUCGGUCACCUGAAGAUCCUGCAGWUCCUGGUUUCCUGUGGAGCCAAAAUCAACUGUGAAAAUAAGGAUGGUCUGGGUGUGUUGCACUGUGCUGCUCAGAGAGGCCAUGUUAAAGUGCUGGAGUUCAUCAUGGAGGACCUGGAAGAGAUCAGACUGGACAGAGUCGACAAGUCAGAGAAGACGGCGCUGCACCACGCUGGAGGAGAACACCCCCAUGCAUCUAGCCGUGAGGGGAGGGCACACCCGAGUCCUGCAUAAGAUCCUGGAGGUGGGCACCGAUGUAGAUGAAAGGAACAUAGAUGGAGCGACAGCGUUACACCUGGCAGCUGAAGGAGGUCACUAUGACUGUGUCAAACUGCUGCUGAACACUGGCUGUAACGUCAACGCACAAACUAAUAAGAACAUGACCGCUCUACAUUUUGUGGCCCAGCGGGGCUUCGACAGAGUUGCCCGCUUGCUGCUGGAGGCAGGAAUCAGCAUCAACACUGUAGACAAUCAACAUGUGACAGCGCUCCACCUGGCUGUGUCCAACAACCACUCCCAGCUCGUUCAGAUGCUUGUAGAUGCUGAGUGCGACCUGGACGUUCCUGACCGUAGGCAGCAGACUGCACUGCACAUCGCCGCAGAGAACGGCUGGCAGGACCUGGCUGAGAGGAUGCUCAUAUCUGGUGUCAACCUCAAUCUGACUGACAAGCAGGGGAAGACGAGUCUGGAAGUGGCAGCAAGAGCGAACCACGUCAUUCUGGUCGACAUGAUUAUCAAAGCUGAUCGGUUUUAUAAAUGGGAGAAGGAUCACAUAGGCAGAGAGCAGGACCCCUGUGUGGGCAGACCUCUGAGCUUCAAACAGGACCACGAUCCUGAAACCCAGCGCCUCCGCUCGGUCCUGUGGAGCCUGGCCACCAAGCACCUCUGCCGUGGAGAGUGGAAGCUUCUGGCCCAACACUGGAGCUUCAACGACGCACAUAUUCGAGCUAUAGAGCAGCAGUGGACAGGCAUGAAAAGCUUCAAGGAGCACGGCCACCGCAUGCUGUUAAUCUGGCUUCAUGGAGUGGUGACGGCUGGAGAGAACCCCAUCAAAGGACUCUACGAAGGCCUGGUGGAAAUCUGCCGGACUGACCUGGCAGAAUCCAUCCGGCAGAAGGCCAACGCAGAAACCAGCUCUCCC